UUGAAAUCCAAAGAAACUGUUUAUCGAUUCACAUGUUUUCAUGAUGGAUUUGUGAACGGCAGUUCUGUAGCUGCCUUUAAAGUUGAAUCUGUGACAGGAGAAUAUAUUGUUUACAACUAUUUUCAUUGUUUGUCACUACAACCCUAAUUUUAAACUUAUAAAUAUUGUUCUUGCUUGGCAAUCUAAAUUGUUUUUUAUUUUCCUUUCAGUAGCUUUUUGUGAGAUAGCUCAAAGGCACAGAUGAAGAAAAUUGUGUUGAAUGCAGAAAUUAACUGCGAGAAAUGCAGGAGAGAGGCAUAUGAAGCAAUUUCUAACGUUGAAGGUGUUGAGUCAGUGACCAUUGACAUUAAGGAGAGAAAGGUUACAGUUAUUGGAGAUGCAGAUCCUGCAUGCUUGACAAUGGAACUCAGAAGGGUUGGAUGGGUAAAGCUAGUGAGUGUGAGUCCUCAUGUCCAAGAGAAUAAAAAGGUUGUGAUAAUGGAGGAUAAAAAAGAUUCAAAAGAGAGUAAAAAUGGUUCUAAAAAGGAGGAUAAAAUUCCUUCUCCAAAGGAGGAUAAAAAGGAUUCAAAAGAUAGUAAAAAUGGUCCUAAAAAGGAGGAUAAAAAGCCUUCUCCAAAGGAAGAAAAAAAGGAUUCAAAAGAUAGUAAAAAUGGUUCUAAAAAGGAGGAUAAAAAGCCUUCUCCAAAGGAAGAAAAAAAGGAUUCAAAAGAAGCUAAAAAUGGUUCUAAAAAGGAAGAUAAAAAGUCUUCUUCAAAGGAGGAUAGCAAGAAUUCAAAGGAGGGUAAAAAUGGUUCUCAAAAGGAGGAUAAAAAGGAUUCAAAAGGCGGUAAAAAUGGUUCUAAAAAGGAGGAUAAAAUGGAUUUCACAAACAUGGGUCAAACACAUCAUAUGGAAUGCACAAACAUGGGUCAAGAACAAGAUAUAAACAUAUAUAUGCAAGGAAUACCAGAAGAACAAAGAAAUUAUACUCAGACAUUGGUGAUUGGGGGAAGCUGCAACCUUGGGGGAAGUUGCAACCAUUGUGAAGACAUAUAUAUCUUAAGUGAUGAGAAUCCAAAUGCAUGUUCUAUUUGCUAGGUAGGGUAUUUGCAUUACUUUCUUAUUCAAGGGAAGACAAUUAUCAAAGUAAGUUCUAUAAACAUCAUGAACUAGUUUGGAAAUAUUUUUGAUAUAUAUAUUUUUAAUUUGUCUUUGUAGUUAA